AUGGAUUGUAACAAAGACGAGGCCAUCAGAGCUAAAGAGCUUGCUGAGAAAAAACUUGCGGAGAUGGAUGUUGUUGGUGCCAAAAGAUUUGCUUUGAAAGCUCAAAACUUGUAUCCCGAGCUUGAUGGUCUUCCCCAAUUGCUUGCAACUCUUGAUGUGUACAUAUCUGCAGAUAAAAAGAUCAAUGGAGAAGUUGACUGGAAGUUGGCUCUUGUUCUUCAUCCCGACAAAAAUAAAUCUGUAGGUGCGGAUGGGGCUUUCAAAAUUUUAUCGCAAGCUUGGAAUUUGCUGUCUGAUAAAGCGAAGAGAAUCGCUUAUGACCAGAAACAGAACUUGAGGGGCAGUUAUACUAAUGUUUCGCAUGGGAAAUCAUCGUCAUCAGUAACAACCAGUCCUAAUGGUUUCCAUAAGUUCUCUGAUGAGAAGAUUUCAAACACCAGUGGUUGGAACGAUGCUACUUAUUCCUCGCCUGCUCCUCGCACACAACAAAAGUUCCGCCAAGCUCAUAAUGCUGACACGCGAGAUUUUCUAGUAUAUCUACAAAAAUUACUCAGAAAGGUUGCAACAUCCUCAAUAUCGGGUUAUUGA